CGUUACCAUGGUGAUGGAGCAACGCGGAAGGCGCCAUGAACCGCAGCAAGUGCGUUGUGAACAAAGGACCAUUUGGUAAUCCGAAACAAAGGGAGCAACGCAACUUCAUACGAUUCAAAUGUGUUUUGACAAAUACUAUCCUGGAUGUUCUGCGGCAGCGACCUGGAUGGGUUGAGGUUAAGGAUGAAGGUGAAUGGGACUUUUACUGGUGUGACAUCAGCUGGCUACGAGAGAACUUUGGCUACACGUAUAUGGAUGAGCAUGUUCGCAUCUGUCACUUUCGCAAUCACUAUGAGCUGACACGAAAAAACUUCAUGGUGAAAAAUCUGAAGAGGUUUCGCAAACAGCUGGAGCGUGAGCAGGGGAAGCUGGAGGCGUCUAAAUGUGACUUCUUUCCAAAGACGUUUGAGCUGCCUGUUGAGUACCACCUGUUUGUGGAAGAGUUCAAGAGGAACCCUGGAAUCACUUGGAUUAUGAAACCGGUUGCAAAGUCACAGGGCAAAGGUAUCUUUCUUUUCCGAAGACUCAAAGAUAUCAUGGAAUGGAGAAAGGAUGGGACACGUGCAGAUGAUUCCAAAGAUGAAGCUACAGUAGAAAGUUAUGUUGUGCAGCGCUACAUUGAGAACCCCUACCUGAUAGGAGGGAGGAAGUUUGAUCUACGAGUCUAUGUACUGGUGACGUCUUACGUCCCUCUGAAAGCCUGGUUAUAUCGAGAUGGGUUCGCACGAUUUUCAAAUACCCGUUUCUCCCUGACCAGCAUUGAUGAUCAUUUCAUACAUCUUACAAACGUGGCAGUCCAGAAAACUGCUCCCGACUACGAUCCAGAAAAGGGAUGCAAGUGGUUGAUGCAACAGCUGCGACAGUAUCUGACAGCAAAGCAUGGCACUGAGGCUAUAGAAACACUCUUCAGAGACAUGGACAACAUAUUCAUCAAAAGUUUACAGAGUGUACAGAAUGUGAUAAUUAACGACAAGCAUUGCUUUGAACUGUAUGGAUACGACAUUCUGAUCGAUAAGAACCUGAAACCGUGGCUUUUGGAGGUGAAUGCAUCUCCAUCACUGAUAGCCAGCAGCCAGGAGGAUUAUGAGUUGAAAUGUCAUUUGCUGCAGGACACGGUGAACAUCGUAGACAUGGAGGGAAGGCUCUCUGGGAAAGAGAAACAGGUCGGAGGUUUUGACCUGAUGUGGAACGAUGGUCCUGUUUAUAGUGAAGAUAUAAAUUUCGAAGGAGGCAUUGAUCUCAUUGCGAACACUCACUUGGGCUGCAUGAAUGACAGGGAGAAGCAGUUGUGGCAUCUGUUAAAACCACUCGCCGCCCAGAAGAAGCAGCAGUGAACAGUUUGUGGAAACAGAAGAAUGCGUGCAGUUUGGUGCCCUUGUCCCACACAGGGCUGGCUGGUAGCUGUGCUUCAAAUGUAAUACAGGGCAGGGCAGCCUGUCUGUAGUUUCACGUGUGUACUUAUCAGUCAGUAUCUUGCCCUUGUCCUAUAACACUCUACAGGGUAUGGAGCAUGAUGUGCUGUACGUAUUUUCUGCAGGAACCAAAAAACAAGUGCAGUCUCGCUGCAGGUUCUCUGUUGCUCACUGCCAGAAUGUAAAUACUCAGCACAAGCUGCCCUGGCUUCAUGCAUAGGUGACAUUAAUUAUAAUUUGUAUUGUGCUGUAAAAACAAUUGCCUCAGAGGAAAGUAAAUCGUAUGAGGAGGAUGCAGUGGAAGAUUUGGUGACAAUAAAUGUGUAGCUGACAAACAGUUUCCCUGAAUGUAGGAGACCGAGGGGGCGGGGUGCACUGCGUCAAGGACCAUUGUCCUGCACCCACACUGGACAGACCCAUGUUCAGGAGCCAAGCAAAGAACAUUGCAUAGACACCUUGAGCUCACCAUGCCUGAUGUUAACAGCACACUAAUGGUUUCAGUAGCUUGUCUGCUUGUCCUGCCUCCAUUAACACUGGGGAUGGGCACCAGCUCAGUUUUGAAAGGAGCUUCUAGCCAGAUUUCCAAAACAAAGCCUGCGUUAUGCAGUCGGCUCCUCUUAAUAUGGUGAUAGAGUUCCGUGAUAUGAUUCAAGCUCCCACUGCCCACCAGGACUAUAUCUCCCACAAAAGUAAUCAGCACAGACUGUGCAUGAACAUCUGCUCAUGCUUAUUUACAGCUCCUGCACCGACACUGGACACGCAGUGUAUGAGAUAUCCUCCCUGUAAUCUGUCAACACUAGAGUGCCCAGCUCAAGUUGAGUGCAUGCUGGAUGGUUCAUGAGAUAACCUCCUGCAUCUGAUUAUCCGACUCACUCAAACAGCUUUUCUUCCAGAUUCAGGCUUUAAAAAAAGUGAAAAAUCAGACAUAUGGUGUCCCCUGGGAUUACUCAGGGUUACAAAUAAGCUUCAAUUAUUGGAGACUCCAGGAGAGUUUUGGAGGUUCAGUAACCAUCUUAUGGCUGCAGUAUUAUUGAGAUGAUUAACCCGUCAGAGGAUUUCCGGUUACAGUUACGUGUCCACGUUGACUUGAAAUCGAGAACUCCUGAGGUUCCAAUCUGAUACAGACCCAUGAUUUUGAUAUAGAAAAGGCUUGUUGACUCCUGUGGCUACUGGG